AUGUCAAUUUUAUCAAGAAAAUUUUUUGAAGAUAAGGAAAAGUUUUUACAAGUGAAACAAGUUAACAGCAUCAAUUAUCUCGGUAGUCUGAUUACCUCAGGUUGUAAAUGUGAUAUGGAGAUCGAAAGAAGGAUAGCUAUGGCAAAAGAUGAAUUUCCUAGAAUGAAAAACAUCCUUACCAACAGUAAAAUCAAAAUAUCAAUAAAAGUAAAACUGGGGCAGUUAAAGUUUUUUGUUCACAUCAUGCGGAAGGAAAAAGUGGAAAAUCUAACAACUACUAGAAAGAUUGCAGGGAAAAAGAAAAGAGAUCGCGGUCAACAACGAACAACAUUCGUGAAGUCCUUGUUUCACUUGUUUAAUAAACCACAUUACAACUACUACAAAGUGUUAAAGAUCGGGUUUUGUGGAGCCGAUCCCAUGGUUGGUGAUUCUAAAAUGAAAUUAAAGGUGGACUUGGCAUCGAACAAUUUCGCGUCUGGAAUUUCAUUUGCAUUUUUUGCAGAGAUGCAACGAGUAGUAGAAUUGAAUACCCAAAUAGCUGAUCAGCUGUUCAGCCGAAACUGA